GUUCGAUCAGAUACCAUCACUCCCGACAAAACACACUUCCUCCAUGUUUUCUUAGACUUGAAACAGACCCAACAAUAACAUACUAGCUAACUGAUCAAGUUAACUGAUCAAUCGAGUCUUAGUCAGACUGAUACAUACCUAAGCUAGCUAAUCAGCACGUGCAAUGGGUAUGCUCGUCUCCGCAUUAGUUGGCCCCCAACAACAUGACGCCUGCAUCCUGUUUCAAGGGAGGGAGGCUCCAACUUGAUUCGAAGUAUCGUUGAUCGGAAUAGCAACAAUACGCUGCAUACCCAGUCAUCUCGCAACCAUGCAUAUCAGCCAGUUAUACACGUACCCCAUAAAAUCGAUUCGUGGGACGGCCCUCUCGUCCGCGACCGUCACCCGAACAGGCUUCCUCUACGAUCGCCGGUUCAUGCUCCUGAAGGUCCUUGACGAUGGCACCCUCAAGAACAUGCACGUUCCACACUUCCCGGAAAUGUCCCUAUUCCAAGCCGAGAUUGUCUUCCCUAGCGAGGCUGGCACGGAACCAGGACAGAUCAUAGUGACCUUUCGGCCGGCUGCGAGCGAGACCCCCAGUGAUGAUAAUGACGCCAAACCAAACCGCAUCCUCCACAUCCCCCUUUGUCCUGACACGCGGCAAUUGGAAGAGCUGGCCAUCAUGAUGCACCAGAGCCCCACGAAGGGGUAUAAUAUGGGUGCACAGUAUAAUGAUUGGUUCAGCGAGUGGUUCGGAUACCCCGUUGUGCUGGCCUACCUGGGACCACAUUCGAGGCGAGUUCUUGGGAGCUUUGGACCCUCGAAAAGUGCAGCGCAUGCGGGGGUGAUCAAAGAAGAAACCCCAGGAAAACCGAAAGGAAUGAGAAACGAUGAGGGCAUGCUCACUGCGGGGACAGUGGCUGGGAUCGCUGGGGUGACCCUCUUGUUCAAUCUACUAGUGGGUUUGAGUACGACGGGCGAACAGAAGACGCUGUCAAUGUCCAGCGCGGCAGCGGUGGUCGUGUUGCUGGUGGUCACGCUGGGGGGGAAGGCCGUCUAUGAUCGAGUCGGCGCAAGAGGGGAAGAAGAGGAACGCAUCACAUUCGCGGAUACGGCCCCGUAUCUGCUAGUGUCGGCGACGUCGGUGGAUAACGUGUCGGAACGGCUGGAAGGGGGCCUGGACAUGGAUGUCACCAAGUUCCGCCCAAACAUUGUUGUGGCUGGCGCAAAGGAGGCCUUCGAGGAAGACUUCUGGGCGGAGGUGGUCAUUGGGUCUGGCAAGGAAGGAAAAGCGCGGCUGCUGCUGACAGCCAACUGCGUUCGGUGCCAGAGUCUAAAUGUCGACUAUGCGACGGGCGCGAUGGCACAGGGGGAGAUGGGCAAUGUGUUGAAGAAAUUGAUGAAAGACCGUAGGGUCGACAAAGGGGCGAAAUUUAGCCCGGUCUUCGGUCGGUAUGUCUUUCUCGACGGUGAGUCGGAGGGUCAGGCAGUGCACGUGGGUGAUGAGGUGGCCGUCGCUCGACGGAUGAAUGAACGAAUGGUAUACGACUGGCCCGGGUUGACCAAUUGAGAUCUCAGAUGGUUGGGCACGAGAUACGAGACGGAGUAUGAGGGAGGAGGAAUAGAGAGGAGGAUUGGGGACACAGACCCGUGUCAACCAGUCAACCAUAAUGCACUGCGGGGGAUCUUGGUCCGGUUCCUGGUGAUGGGAAGACCCAUGGUUGAAGCGGCCAACUGGCUAUAGCUAGGUUACUGCUGGUACCGCCAGUGGUGGGUUCCUUCAUCAAUGACAUUCAUCAAUGACCUUGUUGAUGACCUUGUUGAUGACCUUGUUGAUGACCUUGUUGAUUACAUUGUUGAUUACACACAUAUACAGCCCGUAAAUCAGUCCAUCCAUCCGAAGUUCCGC